CGCCGGCCCUUUUUUCACUGCGCUGACACUCUGUUUGUUUCCUGUAGAGCCGUCAAACGCUCUGCGCCAGCAACAACAUGGCCAUACGCAGAAAAGACAGCUUCCUCUGGGGGAAAGCUCCACCGAAACUCCCCCCAGGAGAGUGGAGGCAGGGUGAAGCCGUCAAGAUUCACAAGUUUGAGCUGCUGGAUGACUUUCAGAAGCUGAGGCUGGAGAUCAAUCACGUCACGCCAGAAAUCCACAGCCCUGAAAUGAAGGAGCAAAAUAAAAAUGUUGUGAGGAACAGAAAAUUCUUGCGUGGGAAAAAAAAAUUCAACAUGGACCCCAAAAAGGGAGUCUACUACCUGGUUGAAAAUGACCUGCUGGAGUGGCGAGCAGAGUCGGUGGCAGAGUUCCUUUACAAGGAAGAGGGACUGAACAAGACCGCCAUCGGCAACUUCUUGGGAGAAAGGGAGGAUAUGCACCUGCAGGUCCUGAAAGCCUUUGUUGGCCUGCAUGAAUUCUCAGACCUGAAUCUGGUGCAGGCACUGAGGCAGUUUCUGUGGAGCUUUCGUCUCCCGGGAGAAGCUCAGAAGAUUGACAGGAUGAUGGAGGCGUUUGCAACUCGCUACUGCGACUGUAACCCAGGGGUCUUCCAGUCCACAGACACAUGCUACGUCCUGUCUUUUGCCAUCAUCAUGCUCAACACGAGUCUCCAUAACCCCAACGUGAAAGACAAACCCAGUCUGCAGCGAUUUGUUUCCAUGAACAGAGGAAUCAACAACGGAGAAGAUCUGCCCUCCGACUUGCUCACGAAACUGUACGCGAGCAUCCGCAGCGAGCCGUUCAAAAUCCCAGAGGAUGACGGGAACGACCUCACGCUGACGUUUUUUAAUCCAGACAGAGAAGGCUGGCUCCUUAAAAUGGGUGGUCGAGUUAAAACCUGGAAGAGGAGGUGGUUCAUCCUGACAGACAGCUGCCUGUACUACUUUGAAUACACCACAGAUAAAGACCCAAUUGGGAUUAUUCCUCUGGAGAACCUGUUUGUCAGAAAGCUACAAGACACAAGCAAACCGUAUUGUCUGGAGUUAUAUAACCCCAAAGGACAAAAGAUCAAGGCCUGCAAGACGCAGAACAAAGGCAAAGUGGUGCAGGGUAAACACCAGUGCUAUAAGCUCAGUGCAGCCAGCGCAGAAGACCAGGACAACUGGAUAGAUGCGAUCAGGGCGAGCAUCACCAAGAACCCUUUCUGUGAUCUGGUGGCUCUGCGAAAGAGGAAGGUCACUAGCAACACUUCCUCACGGGACUGAAGCACAAGACAUCAGUGGCAACGACACAAGGGUCUGGAUCCUCAAUGCGUUUUUAUAGAUGAAUCAUCCUGUGAUUUUAUGACAGAAACUGAAAUAAAAGCAAAACUUAAUCACACAGCAUUUCACAGAAAUGUACAAACUGGGAGCUAACUUAUGAAUAAGUGCAAAUUGAGAUAAGUGAGCAAUUGCUGACUGGCAGAGUGAAAUCUUCUCAUUACUUCUUCAAACUGCACGCACUACUGCUCCGACUUCAGGGGCUGAAACUCCUCCUGCCAAACAUCUGCUGCAGGGGCGAGACCAGAGUUCCUUUCACCAAACCUCUGCAUGAACUGUUCAUCUAAGAAAGUCAACAAAGAGAUGCGCAAUGACCACAGAGAGACACGAAACAACUAUAAAAAGACGCAAAAUGACCACAAAGUGACGCAAAAUGACCACAAAGUGACACGAAACAACCACAAAGAAACGCAAAAAGGACCACAAGGAGACGCAAAACGACCACAAAGAGACACAAAACAACUACAAAGAGACACAACACGACCACAAAGAGACGCGAAACGACCACAAAGAGACGCAAAAUGGCCACAAGGAGAAUCUAUGCAGCACUUUCGGGGGCUUUUUAGAGAAAAUAUAAAAAACAUGUUUAUAAAAGAAAAGAAGAGCUGUCUAAUUUUUACACUCCUCUGACUUCAUCCACUCAUCAUGUAAAUUCAGUUCAGUUCUCAUGUUGUAAAAAGUGAAAAAGCAGUGAAAAAUUAACUUAUGAAUACUUUGAAAUUGUACAGUAUAUUUCAUUUAGCUUGCAUGUAUUUUAAUUUAAGUGUCUUUUAAACUACUGUUGGUAUAAUUUAAUGACUUUAUAGUGAUGGAAGAAUCAAACUUGUAAAAUAAACGUCUGAACCUG